UUAAAAUGGUUGGAGCAAUCAUGACGAAUUGGAAUUUAUUUAUAAUAUGAAGAACUGUGCCAUAAUACCAUCUUUUUAAAUUCAUUCGGCCCAUACCAUAUUAUAGCUCGGCAAAAAUCGGAUACAAAAUUACAAAAAUGAAAACAUUUUUACUGAUACUUCUUCUGGCGCUUGCCAGUAUAUGUCGAGCUGCUCCAUUCAUUAAUCCGUACUUCCCUGAUCCUUACGGGAGAUGGUACUACGGCGGGUAUGGUGGAGCAUACGGUUACCCAUAUUCUCCUUAUUAUGGUGGUUGGCCAUACCCUCCACCUAUUGGAGCCAGAAUUGGGGGAGGAAUUGGUGGUGGAGUAGGUGGUGGAGUUCAAGGUGGUAUUGGAGGUAGUAUUGGUGGUGGAAUUGGCGGUGGAAUUGGUGGUGGUAUCGGUGGUGGAGUAGGUGGCGGAAUUGGUGGUGGAGUUGGUGGAGGAGUGGGCGGUGGUGUUGGUGGAGGAGUUGGUGGUGGAGUUGGCGGUGGAGUCGGAGGUGGAGUUGGGGGCGGCAUAGGUGGAGGUGCUGGCGGUUACCUUGGUGGAGGAGUAGGUGGUGGGGCUGGUGGUUACCUCGGUGGAGGAGUAGGUGGUGGAGCCGGUGGGUACCUUGGUGGAGGAGUAGGCGGUGGGGCUGGUGGCUACCUUGGUGGAGGAGUAGGUGGUGGGGCCGGUGGUUACCUUGGCGGUGGAAUAUCUGGUGGUGCUAAUGGUUACCUUGGCGGUGGAGUGGGUGGAGGCGUUGGCGGUGGUGUUGGUGGAGGAAUUGGCGGAGGUAUUGGUGGGGGAAUAGGUGGCGGGAUCGGUGGAGGAAUUGGUGGGGGAUUAGGUGGAGGAAUUGGUGGAGGUGGUGUUCUCUACCGUAGAACUGAUACCGACCGUGUCAGUCAUUCUCAUCCCCACAAACCUAUUCAGUCAAGACAUGGGUGGAAUGGAGGCCCUGGCCACUCACAUGUGAACCAUCAUUAAUCCGCGAGACUGGAUUUGUAAAAACGAUUAACUAUUGUAUGAUAUAGUUUCCUCAAUACCUUUGUUCCUAAAAUAUAUUUGAUUUUAAUGACGACUGAAUUAGCAUAUGAUUGUUUGUUCAUCUCGAAAAGUAAUUAAUGGAAAUAAAUGAAAGAUCAUACAUA